AUGGUUGGAGAAAACUUGAAGCGGCCCUACCCUGGGCAUUCUCCCGACCCAAGUUUUCUGUCCAGGAAACUUGGUCGCUUCGACCAUGGCUCCGGGUAUAAUACCAGUCCCAACCAGGCAUCUAACCCAACCUCUAGACGCCCAUCAAUGUCGAAAGCCAAUUCACCACAGAUGGGAUACGGUACUCCUCCACAACGGUCACCUGUCAGGAACGGAAACACUGCUUUCCGUCAUGAUGUUGAAGGAAUUCCCAAGGCGCUUGAGAAUUUUGUAGUGACCAUCUCUCAGCACUACCAGACCGACCAGCAUCUCAAAAAUGUUCAAGCGGAUUAUGAGGACAUGCUUCCAAAAUACAAAGACUUCCCAAGCAUUGGAACACAAAAAACCAACCGACUGAAUCUGGCACGAGGUGACUUCAAAAGAACACAAGCCAGCACAAUGGAGGCUACAAGUGUCUUGCUGGAAGCACUCAAGGGAUAUUUUCCUGGGCAGGUAGAUCCACUCGCUCAUCAAGACUGCGUGUCUCGCUCGGAACUCAAUGCAAUCAAAGACCAAUCUCGUACGGAAUCGCAUGAACUAGAGCAACUUCGCGUAGAAAACCGCGAGUUGAGAAGAAGGUUGGACAGAUUAGAGGACUAUUUCAGCCGCGAAGUCAAUUCUGCCAAAAACUCCGAGGACCGCAUCUACAAACUUGAAGACAUUAGCCGCACGACGACAACCGCUGUCGAAUUGGCAACCAAAAACUACAAGUCACUCUCUGAGCAAACGUCGAAAGACAGAUCAAGUUACAGGGAGCGUCUCUCGACGUUGGAGGUUGAGAUGGACAAGAACAAGACCAGGCACAAGGAAAUCGACCAGACCAUUAGUGGCGUACAAUCUUUGCUUGACAGCCACAUUGACAGGAGCAAAAUGACGCACCAGGAACAAGCUCGGAAUAUCGAUCUUUGCAGAUCUAGAGUCGACAAAAUGCAGCAGAAGCUCGACGCCGGGAUUGAACCUAGACUCAGAGACAACGCAGAGAUAUUGACUGCGACCCGUAAAGAUAUGAAAGAGCUCAAAGAACAUCCAGCCCUAUCCAAACCGUCGGUACUGGCUCCUACAUCAAUUUCAAUUGACCCUGUAGUAGUCGAAUCUAGACUCAAAGCAGUUGAGCAACAGGUGCAAGUCUCGAGUGCAGGAGCUAAUGCAAAGGAUACACUCUUUGCCGAUGAGAUUGACAAGCUAAUAACAAGGCUGGACAAUCUGCAAGUCGAAUUGAACAAAAUACAAGACAACGCCGGAGUAGAAGUCCCUACACAACAAGGCCUGUCUGAAGAAGAGCUGAGGAACUUCACUGCAUGGAAGGACUUGAAUUCAAAGGUUGAGGGCCUUGCGUCGAACGUGAAGGAUCUAAGUACAAACACCACACGACUCGACGAGCUCACUCUAAGCACCAAGAGCAGGUCAGAAUUCGCGGUAAACGAGGUCAGGCAAAUAACUCUACAGGUUGAAAAUCACAUCGACGUUCUGCAGAGGCAUGAAACGCGCUUGAAUUCCGUCACAACAGAUGAAGUUUGCAAGAUGAUGGAAUCUCAAUGGCGCGCAAUGUAUGGCGUGCCUACGGAGCUAAGAGGGCUGGUACAGCGGCAGCAAAAUCUUGAGUCUUUGACUAUGAGAAGCUGCGACGAUUUGAACAAGAAGUUUGCAGAGAUGAACACGAAAUACGAAGGAAUGGCGAUGGAGUUCAAAAAUCUAGUCAAGAGGACCGUGGGCUGA